AUGGGUCGAUACUUUACAAUUGGCCUGGCUGCAUUUGCAGCUACAGGGUCUUUUCUGUUCGGAUAUGACAGUGGUGUCAUGACGGACGUAAUCGAGUCGAAGAACUUUCUGGCUUUCUUCAACACUACCCAGACAUCAACCAUCAUUGGUGCUAUCAACAGCACAUUUUCGGGAGGUGCUUGUAUUGGCGCGCUCCAGGGUGGUCUAACGAUGGAUCGCUUCGGACGAAAGUUCACUAUCCAAAUGGGUGCUUUCAUUUGCAUGAUUGGCGCGAUUCUUCAAUCGUCAGCAAAGAACUUAGCCAUGAUCCUUGUUGGUCGUAUCCUGGCCGGCUGGGCAGUUGGUCUCAUGUCUAUGUCUGUCCCAGUGUAUCAGGCGGAGGUCGCUCAUCCCCGUUCGCGUGGGUUCAUCAUCGGUCUAGCCCAGCAGAUGAUCGGUGUUGGGUUUAUUGUCAGUACCUGGGUCGGCUACGGCUCCCUUCAUGCGCCGGAUACUAGCGAGUUCCAAUGGCGAUUCCCACUUGCCUUUCAGGCCGUCCCUGCCGUUCUUCUCGUUAUAGGCAUGUUCUUUUUGCCCGAAUCACCUCGAUACCUGAUCGAAAAGGAACGCUACGAGGAAGCGAUGAAAAUCCUCCGAAGAUUACACUUCGACGGCACCAACGAGGACUGGAUUCAGACGGAAUACAAUGAGAUAAAAGCCACCAUUGAAGCCGAAAAAGCUGUCACAGUCCCCGGAUGGCUCAUCAUGUUCCGUGUGCCUCAAUGGCGAACCCGACUCAUGCACGGCAUCGCCGUCCAAGUCUUCACCCAAAUGACGGGCGUCAACGUCGUAAACUACUACCAAACAAUCAUGUACAACGCCCUCGGCAUCACAGGUAACCGCAACACCCUGGUAGCAGGAAUCUACAACUGCGUCGGUCCCAUCACGAACUUCAUCUUCAUAUUCUUCCUCCUCGACCGAGUUGGGCGCCGCAAGCCCAUGUUGUUCGGAACCAUCGCAAUCACCAUCGCCCUAAUCUGCGAAGCGGCUCUCUACUCGCAGAACCUGGACGGCACUCGAAAGGGAUACAGUAUCGGCGGUGUAUUCUUCAUCUUCUGUAUCACUGUUAUCUUUUCUCUAUCAUUCGGCCCUUGCAGCUGGGUCUACAUGGCAGAAGUAAUGCCGAUGCAAAUCCGCGGUCGAGGAAACGCCUUCGCUACUGCGAUUGGCAACUGGGCCGUAUCCCCGAUUGCACUGGCCAAGAUCCAAUGGAAGUUUUAUUUCGUGUUUGCGGCGUGGAACGUAUGCAUCACCCUUCCAACCGUCUACUUCUUCUUCAAAGAAACAAACCAGAAGUCGCUCGAAGAGAUCGAUCUGCUCUUCGGUGGUCGUGCCCUGGGAAUGCUGCCUGAGGAUGUAGUCGUGAAGCAGGGUACAGUCGAGACGGAGAAAGCAGAGGAGACGGGGGUAUCGGUCGUCAAUGUCGAGCAUACUAGUACCGUGUGA